AUGGCCGCAUGCCGUCGGCCCGCGCUUUCGGCAUGUGCGGGGCGUAGCAGAAUGAAAUGCCUGGCAACGUUAUAUCUCGCUUUCCUCCUCUUAUGCGCGUCGAAUCCUUCGCAUUGUCUUGUCGCCCACUCUCCCCGCUCUCCGAUCUCCGCGCCAGCCGCCGUAUCGACAAGCGACGAACCCGAUGCGCGUCCCUCCCUCCUCUCCAACUCGGUUCUCCCCUUCCACGACGUCGACCCCCCACUGAAUUCAGAUAUUUUAGCCGAAGGCGCUAGAAUCGGCACCGGGAUUCAUGCCGGAAUUCACGCUGACACUGCCCGUAGACAAGCGACACUUAAUCAGCAAUUCUUUGGCGCAGACGACGCGGGCGCACGCCGCCGAUUGCUGGGAAGGGGGAGGGGCGGAGGGGGAGGGGGUCGAGGGGGCAACGGCGGAGAUCGCCCCGUGGAGCUAACGAUCUUCACUGCUCCACGACCGUUCGAUGGACCAGCAGGCACGAUCCAACGGCUCGCGAUAAUAUCCUGGCUCUGCAUCGAGCCCGCGCCUGUGAUCUACCUCUUAGGCAACCACCCAUCGUUUAAGGACGCCGAGACUGACCCGCUUUUUGCGGGCCACGUGUUAGCGGAUCCUUAUGUGGACGCCGAUUUAUACGGUCAGCCGCUCUUCAAUUCCAUGCUCGCUCGAGCCAUGGCGGCUCCCACGCGCUUCGUCGCUAUCGUCCGCCCGUCUGCGCUACUUUCGCCAAGCAUCCUUACCGCCGCACUUGCCGCUGAAGCGCGCUUUGGCAACUUCUUGCUGCUAGCGCCGGAGCGCGAGCGCCGGGGAGAUGCGGAGGCAGUUUCUGCGGCGGCCGCGGUGGCGGUUGCGCAAGUGGGCGGAAGCGAAGAAGCGGAGCAGCGCAUGGACACGUCGAUAGCGGUGGAUGCGGCGAAGCUGGGGGAGGCUGCGCGGCGCAUGGGGGAAAUUAGUUCGCGGUCUACAGUGGGGGUAUGGCUGUGGAACAUCUCGCCCGCGCCGCUCUGUGCGUCUCUCGCAGCGCCCAACAGUACCCUUUCCGGCACCGCCGCUGAUGCGCCCGCGUGUUUUGUUCCGCCAUUCGCCUACGACCGCGGAUUCCACGACGUCUGGCUCGCGCGCGCAGCUCUCCGAGCUGCCACCGGCGCCGCGUCUUCCGCCAGUGGGGGCGCAGGUACGGGGAGCAGCGGGACGGCAGGGCGGAAACUGCUGGCGGAUGCGGACGGCAAUGCCUUCGCGUGCAUAUCCGCGCGGGCUUUAAUCCCCCCAGAUAUACUUUCUAACACUUCCGCCGCCGCUGCCGAUUCCGCUCAGAUCGAGGGCGCGGGGGGCGGGAGUGGGGAGGGCGGUGGGGGUGAAGCGGGGUUUGAGGUUUUAGCGGAGGAGUUGCGCAAAUGGGGAGUUUCUGUGGCUGCCCAGACCCUGAUUCCUCAAAUAAAGGCCCGAGUACGGGCAGAGAAGAAAAUAGUUCGGAGGACGUGGAGAGGAACAGUGGUAGAGGAGGCAGUGGCGCAUCAGGAGAGUCUAGAAGAGGCUGGCGCGCUGCUGCCCGCGCUGAGAAUUUGGAGCUGCCCGUUUGGGCGCGGGCAGGGGGACUGCGAGGAGCAGCAGGAGGGGAGGAGGCGGAAUCCGCACAAGCAGGUGGUGGUGAACUGGGAGCUGGGGCAGCAGUGGAAACAGGGCAGAGAGGGCGCGGCAGGGGGGAAGGGAAGCGGGGAGGGAGCGAGUGGCGCUGAUGGUGUUGGCGGCGCUGGUAGUGCAGGAGUGUGUGAUUCCGCGUGGGUGGUCGUGCCGUGCAACGGGCGGCAAUCUGACAGCAGUCAAGUCCUCACCUCCGUCUUCUCCUCCUCCUCCUCCUCCGCCUCCGCCUCCGCCUCCGCCUCCUCCUCCCUAUCCCCCGGGCAUCCCGCCUCCCAGUGGCUGUGUGGCAUGGCGUCAACAGCAGCAGGCAGCGGGUUUGGGGCCUCAGGAGGGCUCCUGCACGUGCACUCGUCCGGCUACCUGUCCCCAGAUCACAACCCUGCCACCCACCAAAGCCUCAUUGACAGCAGCACCGCAUUGGACAGCACCAGCAGCAGCAGCAGCAGCAGCAGCAGCAGCACUGAUUCCACCAGCAGCAGCGCCAGCAGUGGAGCGGAGUUACAGCGUAGAGGUCUCGACGAGCUGCUCCCUCUGGCCGUGGACCAUCGCAACAUAGUCAUCCUGGUCGCAGCCACCGGCUCCUACGCCUCCAUGCUCAUGUCCUUCGUCUGCAACCUGCGCCGCCUGCUCCUCCCGCUCCCCCUCAUCGCCGCAUUCGACGAUGAUAUGUUCCGCUUCGCGUCCCUCCACGGCCUCCCGGUGUUCCGUGCCGACACAGGCCCCGCCGGCCGCGACCCCUCCUGCACGUAUGGCACCAAGUGCUUCCAGCGCAUCACAAAAGUCAAGUCCAGGGCCGUGCUGCAGGUGCUGAAACGCGGUAUCCACGUGCUGUGGUCCGACGUGGAUAUAGUCUGGUUCCGCGACCCACUUCCAGAACUCCUGGAAUUUGGCUCCGGGGUUCUUCCCGUACAGAGCGAUGCGGGAUAUGACAAGGAACCCCCCAACGGGCAGGGGAUCACCUCCCCGCACGGGUUCAUCAACUCAGGGUUCUACUUCGCUCGGGCCGAGCCCAUGGUCAUCCAGGCAUUCGAAGCGAUCGUGGCCCAUGCCGCAACGACAAAGACCUCCGAACAGCCGAGCUUCUACCACGUGCUGUGCGGGCCGAAAGGGGAGAACACGGAGGGCGAGGACGAGUGUGUCUGGCCGGGGAACGGGCUGCGGGUCCACUUCAUGGAUCGGUGGCUGCAUCCCAAUGGGCUGUCCCACCGCGUGUGGUUCCGCAAGUGGCCGGCUCUCGAGUGCCGCAAGCACAAGUGUGCCACGCUGCACAACAACUGGGUGCGGGGGAAGGAGAACAAGCUCGCUCGCCUUCGCAAGGGCGGGCUGUGUCCCCAUCCCUCAACUCCUUCCCCACUCUCCAUUCCUCCCCACUCCCCUCUCCCUCCAACCUCUCCAUCCCCUCCCCUACUGUCUCACCGUGCCACAUCCAAGCCCUCGAUCCCACACCGGCAGAAAGGACAAAUAGGGCUGGGCGGCAGGGCCACGUGCGAGUUUGGCUUGGUGUGUGCCAGCAGGGAGAGCACACACGUGGGGCACAGGCGGUGCGAGCAGGGCAGCAUCGCAAGCAAAUACCCAGGCGGAGGCGGGGAUAGGCCACCGGAGGGCGAAAGCGGAGGGGAGUGA